UCUUAUUUUGUGUGUGAAAGUUCCUUUUUAACCUGCACUGACUCCUCCUCGUCUGCCCCACCACUGAAUAGAGCCUUUGUGGGGGCUUUGCAGCAUUCCACUGGAAUUCUUGCAGGUUAGGGUACGCAAACUAUUUCACACUGAAAUGACUGCUGCAGGUUAACAUCUACAGCUAGGGUUCGGGGUGUCCAGUGCCGAGCUAACAUUACUGAGCUAACAAGGACUUGCUGCAACUUCCAGGGUGUGAUAAGAAGAGCAGACAGAGUGGAAGGGAAGGAUCCCAUUGUUUCUACUCAGCAUGUUGCAGACAGUCAGUGAGUGGCUGUGGUGGGAGUGUCUCUGGCUGCCAGCAAAUGUCUCCUGGUCCGAUCUGGAGGACAGUGAUGGUCGUGUCUAUGCUAAAGCCUCUCAGCUUUACACUGCUCUGCCCUGCGCCCUCGGCCUGCUCCUCGUCAGGUACUUGUUUGAAAGGUUCCUGGCCACACCACUGGCUAAUGUUUGGGGAGUCAGAAACAGUGUACGUCUCACUGCAGAACCAAGCCCCAUCCUAGAAAACUACUUCUCCAGCCAAGCACGGGCUCCAUCACAGGCUGAUGUGAGGUAUUUGUGUAAGAAGACCAGCUGGCCAGAAAGGAGAGUUCAAGUGUGGUUCAAGAGGAGGAGGAAUCAGGAGCGUCCAGGGCUUCGCAAGAGGUUCUGCGAGGCCAGUUGGAGAUGUGUGUUUUAUCUUUUUGCAUUUGUCUGUGGAGUCCUAGCUCUCUAUGAUAAACCUUGGCUUUAUAAUAUGAAGGAGGUUUGGGCAGGCUUCCCUAAACAGUCCAUGCUGCCAUCUCAGUACUGGUAUUAUCUGUUGGAAAUGGGCUUCUACCUUUCUCUGCUCCUCAGCCUCACAUUUGAUGUAAAACGGAAGGACUUCAAAGAGCAGGUGAUUCAUCACAUAGCCACACUGACUCUUCUAAGUUUCUCCUGGAUUUCAAACUACAUCCGUAUCGGAACCCUUGUGAUGGCAGUCCAUGACUCCGCUGACAUACUGCUAGAGGGUGCAAAGGUAUUCAACUAUGCAAAGUGGCACCAGACUGCUAAAGUCAUGUUUGUGGUGUUUGCGGUUCUCUUUAUGGUGACAAGACUUGUCAUUUUUCCUUUCUGGUUGAUUCACUGUACAUGGGUGUACCCAGUGCAGAAGUUUGCUCCCUUCUUUGGCUACUACUUCUUCAAUGUGAUGUUAUUGGUUCUUCAGAUACUCCACCUCUACUGGGCUGUUCUUAUAUCACGAAUGGUUUGCAAGGUUAUCUUCAGCAAGCUGGAAGGCGACGACCGGAGCGAUGAAGAGGAAAAUGACAGUGACUCACCAAAGGAAGGUUACCACAAAUUGAGUCACACAAACAGCUCUGGAGCCAGAGGCCGGGCCAGUGGCCACUGACACAUGGCAACACAUUCAGCCUCAAUUGCUGAAUCUAAUU